GCGACGCGCGUCCGUCCAGCGACGCGCGUCCCAUCAGUGACGCGCGUCCCGCCAGCGGGAGCAUCCGGAGCGAUGCCUUCGGUGGGAAUUCUCAUUCCGGCUCCCUGAGGAAGGGCGCGCUCGGGCAAGACGGGGAGCCGGUCGCUCGGAACGUUAAACGCAGGACAGCGGCGGCUCCGGCUCCGCUCGUGCCCAAGAUGAUUUCCAAAAACGUCGAAUCUCUCCUGGACAAGGUGGAAGUGAUGAUGGCGAAGGCGAUUCUGGACGCGCCGAGCAUCGGGAGCGGGAAUUCUCCAAAAGGCAAGCGUGCCAUGUCUCCAGACGACGGAGGAGUUUUCGUCUUGGAGGAGGAGGUGGAGGAGGAGGUGGAAGAGGUGGAGAAGGAGGUGGAGGAGGUGGAGGAGGAGGUGGAGGAUGAGGAGGAGGGGGUGGAGGAGGAGGUGGAUGGUACGGUGAGGGGCGGCGGCGCGACGAGGACGAGCGAUGCAGCGAGGAGCACCGUCUUGCGGCAGGCCCACGACCCUCGUCGAGCGCCCUCACCAGGUGGCAGUGUUGAGGAGCACGACGCGACAAUUAACACUCGGGGGAAGAGAUCAGAACGUCGUGACGACGUCGAGGUCGCCCGUUACGACCAAGAUGGCGGCGGUGAUCACGACGAUCGCGGUGAUCACGAUGGCGGCGGUGAUCACGAUGGCGGCGGUGAUCACGAUGGCGGCGGUGAUCACGAUGGCGGCGGUGAUCACGAUGACGGCGGUGAUCACGAUGGCGGCGGUGAUCACGAUGGCGGCGGUGAUCACGAUGGCGGCGGUGAUCACGGCGAUCGCCGCUGUCGUGUGCCGGAAAUCACGGUGAGCAGCGCCAAGGAGACUCCUCCGCAGGCUUCUCCUGCGUCCAGAUUGCCUGGAGAUGCGUCGGACAAUGACGACGACCUGGCAGCGCCGGGGAGGCCGGGAUGUAUGCCAGGAGCGGGCGCCCUGGACAUUGGCAGCGCCGUCAUGGGGAACGGCAUGAGCCCCGUCGCGAGGAUGCUCGCUCGGGCGAACAAGAGCAACAACAACAAGCAGAUGCUGUCGCAUAGCGUGGAGGAGCUGUCGGCCGCCACGGGUAACGGCCAAGACCCGGAGCCUGCGGAAUCGGUGAAUUUGAGCCGAUCUGUGCCAGAUCUGUUGGCAUCGGACGAGAGUGAAAAGGAGGACGAGACUGACUCCAUGACGGAGAACUACAACUUCCGACUUCACCGGAAGACCGGCAGCACCGUGACGAGCCACACCGUGUCCAGCUUCACGUCGUCGUCAGCGUCGGUGAGCAGCAGCAUGAUGAGCCUGUACAGCGAGGCGGGCGACUUUGGGAGCGUGAGCGUGACGGGCGAGGUGGAGUUCUCGCUCUCCUACGAGGACCGCCGCGGUGAGCUGCUUGUCCACGUGAACCGCUGCCGUGGCCUGGCAGCCGCACACGGCAAGAAGAACCGCUCCGACCCCUACGUGAAGAUUUACCUCCUGCCAGACAAAUCCCGGCAGAGCAAACGCAAGACGAUGGUGAAAAAGAAAACCCUGGAGCCCAUGUACAGCGAAGUUCUGCGCUACAAGGUGGACAGAACGGAGCUGAGGAAGCGGGUGCUGAACCUGUCGGUGUGGCACAACGACACGUUCGGCAGGAACAUCUUCCUGGGGGAGGUCAACCUCAUCCUCAACAGCUGGGACUGGGCCAACCACGUAAUGAACUGGUACACGCUGCAGCCAAAGGACUUCACAAGCACAGAGCCGGCACAGACCAGGGGCCAGAUCCUCAUUGGGCUCAAGUUCAUUCCGGCAAAUUCUAUCGGUGGCCAGAGUCCACCCACGGGCGAGAUCCACAUCUGGAUCAAGCAGGCCAACAACGUGCUCCCCCACCGAGCGCAGGGGGUCGACUCGUUCGUCAAGUGCUACAUCCUUCCGGACACGAGCCGGAAGAGCCGCCAGAAGACGCGGGUGAUCCGCAAGUCGAUAAACCCGGAGUACAACCACACGAUGGUGUACGACGGCUUCCGCGACCAGGACGUGCUGCAGGCGUGCGUGGAGCUCACCGUCUGGGACCACGAGAGGUUCUCCACCAACCAGUUCCUGGGCGGCGUGCGGCUCGGCAACGGAACCGGCAUGAGCUACGGGCAGCUCGUGGAGUGGAUGGACUCGCGCGGGGAGGAGAGGCGCCUCUUCGAGGAGAUGGUGUCUCGGCCCGGCGAGUGGGUGGAGGGCGUCCUUCCCCUGCGCACCAACAUGGCCACCACCCAGGACUUGAAGUGAUUCUCGGGAGGCGAGACUCUGCAAUCCACGGAGGCCGGCGACGUCCGACUCCGCUUGCCACGUUGGCACGGGACGGGCGCUUCGGAUGCGUCGCAAGCGUUUCAGAUUUCAUUUUUUGUCAGACAAUUGGAUUGUUGAGGACCAUUCUUGUUUGGGGGAAACUUAAAAUUGGUGAAGAACGCGCGCUCGAACAAAGGCGGCGCCGCCCCCCAAUGGUGUGUCGCUUUCGGGUGGAAAAGUGUGCGGAAGCAACGCCAACAACAACAACGACGUUGUUUUCUGGGCCCGGUUCUCAGAUCAAUCUAAGAAUCAGAUCUCGAAUCCAGUCUUUGUAAAAAAAAAAAACACUUACUUUUUUAAAAAGACACUUAUUUUUUGACAAUUUUCUAACCAUCCUCUAAGGCUGCAAUAACACGUCACAGGCUUCUUACGGUGCACUUAUGAACAGAACGCCGCUGAAAGUUUUAAAAAAGUUUUUAAAAGCACAUAUGGCUACGUACGGUGCAAAAGAAGUCCAUCGAACAAAGAUGGCGACUGCAUCGCGCACUUUGAGAUGUGCUUCUGCGGCCGUCUGGAAUGCUCUUCCUUCCGAUUUUAGGAAGCCGCUGGGGCUUAUGCACUUUUAAAUAAUCGUCAUUUAGAUUGACAAACUCAUUUCUUGAUAACUGAUUUUCGUGUUUACUUUGUCCUUCCGCCGCACCUUCGAUUAGCAUGGUUGGCUACCUAUGGUGCGAGAGAAGUUCAACAUGCGUACAACAUGCAUACGUGAUUAUCUUGUUUAACACGUAGGCUUUCGCGACCAGUAUCAUCCAUGAUGCAGGUUCAUAUGUAUUCAUGAAUCCCCCCCCUCCUCCCACUUGACGCAGGAAGGGCACACACGUGAUAAUCAUCACAUCUCUUCCUCUAUUUCAGGAACGAAACAGGAGGAUCUCUCCACAAAUUUGGCUUGUUGCCUGAUGAAGCUAGUUGUAAUUACUGGCAAAACGUCGAACUCGGAUUAUAAAUGUUGUGGCUUUGCUCUCGAACA